UCUCCCCUGAAAUUUGGUUGAGAAGAUUAGUCAUUAGAGGCAGCGUCUCCAUCUCAGUUUCUGUGUCCCUUUAGCUUCUCUUGUAAUCAAGACAAAAUUCCAUGGACCUUAAUUUGAUUUUGAUGGCUACACAGAAAUUUUCUCCGCUCAAUGCCCUUCUUCAUUUCUUACCCAAAAGAAUUACAGAACUCUAUUCCUCACAGCAAUAUGCUUACACUCCUCCUUCCCUUUAGGAUAUUUCUUCACACCUAUGUGUUCUCUGCCUUUCGAUUAGUUCACCGAUACGUUUUCAGGUUUCAGAAAGAUGAUGAAAGAAGUGGGCAUUUGGAGAAUGGUCGAGUUGGUUCGAAACCCUUCGAACUUCCGGAGGAGGAUAGUAGUGAAAUGGAUUGUGCAAAUAAUGGGAAAACGAGGAAUUCUGUUUUUAGCUCUGUUUCUAAGGAGAGUAUCUCGUUUUUGAAAUUGGAAAAUUCUGAAUUUACUUGGGAAGGGAUAGAACUUGACGAGAGUAAUAUCGAUCCUGCUCUUGCCUACACUCAAUCCAUUGCUUUGGAUGUUGUUUCAAAGGGAAGAAAUUAUGGUGUCUUGAAAAGUGGUGACAGUGCCGAGGAUGAUUUCUCAGUAAAGGCACGGAUAGUUGACCCGGAAAAUAGUGCUUCCAAUAUGUUUGAUUCAUUGCCUGAAGCGGAAGUUCAAGUGCUUUGGGAAGAUUAUUCAAUUCCGUCUGAUUCAGAAUCUGCAGGGGAUUCAACCAAUGCCUCCCCAAGAAUCAAUCAUGAUCAAGUUGGUUCGUCUUCCAAAGAGAUCAAGGCUGAGGAAAACAAGCAACUUGACUUUCUCAGUAAUUUGGCCCAGAAAGAGGAAGAAUCUGUCGACGUUCCAGAGAAAUCCACAGAAACAACUUUGCAGGAGAAGCCCUCCAUAUUGAAUUUUGAUCAUCGGUAUGAACUUAACUAUCUACCAGAUCACCAGGAUAUAGUACAGCAGCUAGAAAUGGAACUGAGGAAUGCAAAAACUGGGGGACUUCCAACGAUUUUUGAAGAGGAACCUGAAGCAAUUAAUGAAAAGUUUAAGCAUGAAGAACUAAUGCGAGAGAUACGAAAGGUAUACAAAACUUAUGCAGAGAAAAUGUGGAAACUUGAUAUCUUAAACAAUCAGAGUAUGCAUGCCACUGGUUUGCUGCAGUUGAAAUAUCCACUGAAUUCAAUUUCAGAGCAAAACUCAGUGUUAUGGUUGGGAAACACACGGAAACUGACAGCUGACCCAAGACUUGAAUCCGUAGGAGAAUUACAAAGGGACAUGGAACUGGUGUACGUAGGACAAGUUUGUCUUUCCUGGGAAAUUCUACAAUGGCAGCUUAGGAAGGCCAUUGAGCUGCAACGACAUGACUCGCAAGGCAUUUGUCAGUAUAACCAAGUCGCUAGCGAGUUCCAACUUUUUAAAGUCGUGCUUAAAAGAUUCAUGGAGGAAGAAAGGUUUCAGGGCAACAGAGUUGAAAACUAUGUCCAGAACCGAUGUGUAUUUCGUUCUCUUCUGCAAGUUCCACCCAUCAAAGAUGAUGGUGGUUCUGCAGAAGCUGAAGGAAGGGAAUGGGAAGAUGAGGAUGACUUUUCAUGUAAUAUUUUAGCAGAAAUUAUAGAGAAGUCAAUGUGGGUUUUCUAUGAAUUUCUUCUUUCUGAUAAAAAUGAUGUUAAAAAUAUCCUAAAAUGCAACAGAAAGUAUCAGGUUGAACUCCAAAGUUCAGAAAAUCUACAGCUUUUGUUGGUGAACAUUCAAGCUCACUUUCAGAAGACUAAGAGAAAGCUGAAAGAUCUUCUGAGAGGCAGCAAUAAUUUUUCAGUAAAGAAGUUGGAAAAGCAAGAGGAAGCUGGGCUGAGUUAUUCACUAAUACUUUUCAUUGCUCAGGUUGACCUGAAAUUGAUUUCAAGAGUGCUGAGAAUGUCAAAGUUGACCGUUGACCAAUUAUUAUGGUGCAACCAAAAACUUAAUCAAAUUACAUUCCUAAACAGAAAGGUCCACUUGGAGCCCGCACUUCUGCUUUUUCCUUUUUGACUUCAAAUCUCAAUUUUGUCACAGGUUUAGAUCAGAGGAGAAUAUUGGAAUAACUUGCUUCGUUGAUUUCCAAAUCUGAUAGUUUCUUUUCUAUAAUGAAAUAUAUGUAUUUUCCAUCAUAAAA